AUGGGUGCAAAGCAAAAAGGUGGUGGCUCAAAGCCCAAAAAUACCGCAGAGGAGGUGGAGGAUACAUUGCAGGCUGUGGUACUUGCCGACACGUUUGAGACCAGGUUCGAGCCUUUUACUCGCAAUAAGCCAAGGUGUCUUUUACCUCUGGCGAACACUCCCCUCAUCGAAUACACGUUAGAGUUCCUGGCCAACGCAGGUGUCGAGGAGGUGUUUCUCUAUGCCGGCGCUCAUUCGGAUCAGUUAGAGAAAUACAUCAACAUUUCCAAAUGGCGAGCACCCUCCUCACCCUUCAAGCAGUUGACCUUCCUCAAGUCCAACUCUACAUCCGUCGGCGAUGUCAUGCGCGACCUGGAUGGCAAGCAUCUUAUUACGGGAGACUUUAUCGUCGUGAGCGGCGAUGUUAUUAGCAAUAUGCCCAUCGAGGGCGCGCUGUCGCAGCACCGAAAGCGCCGUGAGUCCGACAAAAAUGCCAUCAUGACCAUGGUCCUUCGUGAAGCAGGCCGCACCCAUCGCGCCAAAGCCUCCUCUAUCUCCCCCGUCUUCGUGAUCGACCCCACAAAGGACCGCUGUCUGCAUUAUGAGGAAAUCGACCACCACUCGGAUGAGCAUCCCGCACGCCUGAAUAUCGACUCUGAUAUUAUCCUGUCUCACUCUGAACUGGAUAUUCGGCAAGAUUUGAUCGACUGCAGCAUUGAUAUUUGCACCCCGGACGUGCUGAGCUUGUGGUCCGACAGCUUCGACUACCAAUCUCCCCGGAAACAUUAUCUUUACGGUGUGCUGAAGGACUAUGAGCUGAACGGCAAGACCAUCCAUACCUACAUCAUCAAAGAAGACUAUGCGGCGCGCGUACGCAAUCUGAGAGCCUAUGAUGCUAUCAGCAAGGACAUUGUGUCGCGGUGGGCGUACCCAUUGUGCCCUGACACCAAUCUGCUGCCGGGCCACACCUACAGUCUGCGCAAGGGCAAUCUGUACCAGGAGCAAGGAGUCACGCUGGCUCGUUCAUGCGUGCUCGGCCGCCGUACCGUCAUUGGUCGUGGCACGAGUAUUGGUGACCGAACCACGGUGCAUAGUACCAUUCUGGGACGCCAUUGCAAGAUUGGCAAGAAUGUCCAGCUCGAGGGGGCCUAUCUUUGGGACAAUGUGGUCAUCGGUGAUGGCUCCGACGUUCGCGGUGCCAUCAUUGCUGACGGGGUGGUGGUUGGCAAGAAUUGCUCCAUUGGACAAGGCGCUCUCCUCUCCUACGGGGUCAAAAUCGCGGACGGCGUGAAGGUUGAAAGCGGCAAGCGCAUUACUCGAUCGCGGUCCGACGGGAGCGUCGGUCCUAGUGAUCCCAGUGUGGUUGGACAGGGUGGCGAGGGCUACGAGUUCAUCCACGGAGAAGACGAAGACGAGGAUGACGAUGAUAUGAGUGUGGCCUCCUCCGGGCUGGUGUACCGGAUGCCCGGUCUGUCUCUGUCAAACGCCUCCAUUUCAACUCUUUCGUCCGAGAUCUCCGAGGGAUCGUGGCCGCGAUCUGGGCGGAGUAGUUUCUCUGAUGGCGAGGAGCAAGAUAACUUCCACCACGAUGCCUCAGUCAGUGUGUUUGACAGUCUGCGCGAGGGUACCUCUGCCGAUGUGGUUCAGUUGGAGCUAGUCAGUCUGCGUAUGACGGCCAACGCCUCCGAUGUUCAGGUCCGACGGGCCGUGGUCUCCUCCUUCAUGAAGUACAUCCAACAAUUGAUGGAGAACGGCAAGGGCGCUGGCGAGGCCGUCAAGGAGGUCUUCACCAAGUACCGUGAGGUUGUGGACCGCACCUUAUUUGACCGCAACAAGGAAGAGAAAAAGGACCAGGUGGACUUUUUGCUUCAGUUGCAGCAGGACCUUGUGCACCGCAAUAAGGGUGCCAACAUUCUCCUGUUUACGGCCAAGGAGCUCUAUGACUUGGAGCUGGUGGAUGAGGAGGCUUAUGAGCAAUGGUGGGAUGACGAGCGAUCUAGUAACACGGAGGAGAUGCGGGCCGUGCGAGCUCAGACUCAGCAAUUUGUCGACUGGUUGGCGAAUGCCGAAGAAGAGAGCAGCGAGGAAGAGGAGGAAGAUGACGAGGAUGACGAGGACGAAGAUGAGGAGGAGGACGAAGAGAGUGGCGAUGAAUAG